AUGAAGAAUAGAUAUACCGAAGAAGAUAUCGCAGAGGCUCUUAGAGCGAUUACAAAUGGAGCAAGCAUACGAAGAGCUAGCUUGGAUUAUGGUGUUCCACGUACCACACUUCACGAUCGAAUAUAUGGUGGAGUUUCGCAUCAAAAAGGCGCCCAAAUACUUCAAAAGUUAUCUCCAAUUCAGGAGAAUCGACUAGCAGAAUGGAUAUUAGUACAGGAAGCUCUUGGUACUAGCCCUACACAUCGUCAAAUCAGAGAGAUGGCAGAGCACCUCCUUAUUGUACGAGGGGAGGAUCCCUCACUUGGAAAGAAAUGGAUACAUAGCUUUUUUCGAAGGCAUCCUAAUAUUGGAACUAAGAAGCAACAUCAAAUCGAUUCUGCACGAGUUUCAGGUGCUACAUCUGAUAUUAUUAAGAAGUGGUUCCGGAACCUCGCAAUCCCUGAAAUCAAGGCUAUUAAGCCGGCCAACAGAUGGAAUAUGGAUGAAGCAGGUAUAAUGGAGGGUCAGGGUCUUAAUGGACUAGUAGUAGGAAGCACUGAUCGAAGAUUUAUUCAAAAAAAGCAACCUGGAUCUCGAAUUUGGACCUCUUUUAUAGAAUGCAUUUCAGCCAAUGGAAAAAGCAUUACUCCCCUUGUAAUAUAUAAGGGAAAAUCAGUUCAACAACAAUGGUUUCCAACAGAUUUGACUCUAUUCAAGGGUUGGAACUUUACCGCUACAGAAAAUGGAUGGACUACAGAUGCUACAGCUUUAGAAUGGCUGAAAAAGAUCUAUAUCCCUCAAACUACCCCUAUUCAGCCGGAAAAUUCAAGACUCCUCAUUUUGGACGGACACGGAAGCCAUGAAACUACAGCAUUUAUGUUAGAAUGCUUUAAUAACAACGUAUAUCUCUUACUUCUCCCACCACAUACGUCACACGUACUACAACCACUCGAUUUAUCUGUGUUCUCACCCCUAAAAAGUGCAUAUCGAAUCGAACUUAAUAAAUUAAGUCUAUUAUCCGAUUCCUCACCAAUUGGAAAGCGCAAUUUCCUUUCUUGCUAUCAGAAGGCUAGAAUAGAAGGUUUAACUAUUCAAAAUAUCAAGUCUGGUCGACUUUUGCUUGAAAAUAGCAAUAGAGAGGUUUUAUCACUUAAUCCUGAAUCUGAUGAUGAUCCUAUUCUUCAAUGGAAUAUAUAUUCAUCGUUUAUUCAAUGGAAAACCCCUCAAAAAGGAGCCGAUAUCAGAAAAUAUAGAGAUAUAAUGAUUCAAGAGAAGGAGAUCGAUUUGCCAACACGAAGAUUACUAUUUCGCAAGAUUAUAAAAGGAUUCGAUGCUAAGGAUUAUGAACUCUUAGAGGCAGAGAAUAAGAUUAGAAAGCUAGAAUAUCAAUUAGAUGAAGCAUUACCUAGAAAAAGGCGAAAGGUUGUGGUAUCUCCAAAUUCGAAGUUCGCAGGGAUUAGAGCUAUAAGGCGUACACAAAUUGAAGCUGGAGAUCGUGAAGAUGAGGUAGAUGAUAGCUCUAGUGCUAUAGAAAGUGAUUCUACAGGCGAUUUCAUUGAAGUUCAAUAG